CUGGGAGAGAAGAGAAAGCUGACUUUGUAACUUACACUCAGAGUUUACUUCUUGUUGGAGCUUGCUUGGUGAGUUUUUGAGUGGUGACACAGCACUGUCAAGUUUGAAAGAAAGAAAAACAAGAAGAAAGCAGCACUUCAAUUCAACCUCACUGUAUAAAAAAUGAACAGGUUUAAAAUUUGAAGUUGGAGGGGGGAGAGAGUUGAGAGAAGAAGAAGGAGUAGGAAGAUGGAUAGAAGAGAAAAAGGUGAGAAAAGGGUAGAAGGUUAAUGGUGGAAAAGUUGAAAGGAGGGGUUGUUGUAGGGAAAAGAGGAGGACCUUCUACUCCCCCACCCACAUGGAGACUUGAGUUUCCAUCUCAGCAGAAUGAGAAUAACAAAAACAAAAACAGAAACCAGGUUCAAGAGUUCCUUAACUUUCCCACCUCAACAACACUCUCUACCAGAACACUCUGUGCCAAACUCUGGCAAAUUCAGCCCCACCAAUUGGCCCCACUUCCCAAAAUGAACAAGCCUUCAACCCUCCGCCGCCACCGUAGGGACACACUUCUUAAGCUUCCAAAUCUUAAACAGUUGUCUGAACCUCCUCAUACUCACCAGCCAGCAUCUGCAAUCGGACUGAGAAGGCAUGUUCAAACAUCACCUUUCCAGCACCAUAGAUCAGCUAAAAGAAAUGGUCGCCUUAAACAGCAUGUCUCCCCUCCUUGUUACAGUUGCUCAAUGCAAGUGGCACCUCAUGUAACAUCUAAAAGUUCCUUAGACUUCAAGGGUUGGAUUACAGAGUCAAGUCGCAACCCUAAAACAUUCAGAGAGUUACUCAAGGUACUCAACCGUAUUUGGUGUCUUGAAGAACAGCAUGCAUCAAAUAUAUUAAUAGUGAAAGCCCUGAAAAUGGAACUAGAUCUUUCUCGGGCCCAGGUUAAAGAGUUACAACAAGAAAAGCAAUUGAAUAAGCGUGAUAUGGAGAACUUAAUGAAGCAAAUAGCCGAGGAGAAGCUUGUUAGGAAGAACAUAGAACAUGAUAAAAUUAAAGCUGCAAUUCAAUCUGCCAUGCAAGAGAUAGAAGAAGAAAGGAGGUUAAGAAAGCAUUCAGAAAGCCAGCACCGGAGGCUGGCUCGGGAGUUUUCUGAAGUGAAGUCUUCAUUCAGUGGUUCUCUGAGAGAUCUUGAAAAAGAGAGAAAAACACGGGUCCUUUUAGAGAAUCUGUGUGACGAUUUUGCCAAAGGAAUAAGAGAUUAUGAAUAUGAGGUAGGUUCUCUUAUGGAUAAUAAUGCUGAGAAGGAUCAAGUUAAAGGGGAUAGCCUUGAUAGGCUAAUACUUCAUCUUUCAGAAGCUUGGCUUGACGAGCGCAAGCAAAUGAAGUUAGCUCUAGCUGGCCAUGAUGAUCUCCCAGAGAUAGAUUCAUCAAUUGUUGACAGGCUAGGUGUUGGUACUGAAACAUUUCUUCAUGCAAAAAGAUGUGUUAACUUGAUAAAAUAUGGUAACUCCUCCACAAAGGAGCCCAAGGAAAUUUACCCUUGCCUACUACAUUCAUUGGACGAGAACAACAACAAUACUGCAGAGGUCCAUAAAGAAAAGAAGGGAAGGAACAAUUCAGUGAGGAAACAAGCACGUGUGAAUGUGAUGAAGAGCAUGUUGUCAUGUGAUGAAAAUGAGAGUUGGUUUGUUGAAAUGGGAGGGGAGAGCACAGCACUAUUCAAUACCCCUGGAGCAUCAACUGUGGGUGAGACAACAACACAAGGUCCACCAGAAAGUAAUACAUUAUUAUGGACAAAGAGAAUGAAUUCAAGUCAUGUAGUUAGAAACAGUUCCUUGUCUUCUGAAGGCAAUGAUAAGGUUUAUCCUGAGACCAUUUUCAGGGAAGAUUCAUUUGUCCAUUCUGCAGUUACUGGUAAUGCUAGUCCACUAAAGGACAACAACAACACAUUGAUGGCAAAACUGCUUGAAGCAAGGUUGGAGAGGCAGAUAUCUCGCUCCAAACAUAGGAAUGUCAACGGUAUCACACUCUGAUCUUCUGUCAAUAAUCUACUGCAUAUCACACUCUUAAGUCUAGAAUUAACGUAUUUUUGUAAACCACUGUCGUAUCGUAAUUUUAUAAUUACAUCGAUGAAGAUCAUUAACUA